GAAUGUGGACAUCUAGGGUGAGAGCAGACUGAGGAGAAUGUGGACAUCUACGGUGAGAGCAGACUGAGGAGAAUGUGGACAUCGGAAGAUGCAUGUUUCAUGUCCGUGGUUGUGGGAAGCAUUCAAAACCAACAUUAAUAACCAGAGAUUAUGAUUAUGAAUAUAUAAUUAUAUUAGAGGCUAGAGAGUCUACACUAUAGGAGUGGUAGCUACAGAGACCAGAGAGUCUACACCAUAGGAGUGGGGGCUACAGAGGCUAGAGAGUCUACACCAUAGGAGUGGUAGCUACAGAGACUAGAGAGUCUACACCAUAGGAGUGGUAGCUACAGAGACUAGAGUCUACACCAUAGGAGUGGUAGCUACAGAGACUAGAGAGUCUACACCAUAGGAGUGGGAGCUACAGAGACUAGAGAGUCUACACCAUAGGAGUGGUAGCUACAGAGACUAGAGAGUCUACACCAUAGGAGUGGUAGCUACAGAGGCUAGAGAGUCUACACCAUAGGAGUGGUAGCUACAGAGACUAGAGUCUACACCAUAGGAGUGGGGGCUACAGAGAUUAGAGAGUCUACACCAUAGGAGUGGUAGCUACAGAGACUAGAGAGUCUACACCAUAGGAGUGGGGGCUACAGAGACUAGAGAGUCUACACCAUAGGAGUGGUAGCUACAGAGACUAGAGAGUCUACACCAUAGGAGUGGUAGCUACAGAGACUAGAGAGUCUACACCAUAGGAGUGGUAGCUACAGAGACUAGAGAGUCUACACCAUUGGAGUGGUGGCUACAGAGACUAGAGAGUCUACACCAUAGAAGUGGUAGCUACAGAGACUAGAGAGUCUACACCAUAGGAGUGGGGGCUACAGAGACUAGAGAGUCUACACCAUAGGAGUGGUAGCUACAGAGACUAGAGAGUCUACACCAUAGGAGUGGGGGCUACAGAGACUAGAGAGUCUACACCAUAGGAGUGGGGGCUACAGAGACUAGAGAGUCUACACCAUAGGAGUGGGGGCUACAGAGACUAGAGAUUCUACACCAUAGGAAUGGUAGCUACAGAGACUAGAGAGUCUACACCAUAGGAGUGGUAGCUACAGAGACUAGAGAGUCUACACUAUAGGAGUGGGGGCUACAGAGACUAGAGAGUCUACACCAUAGGAGUGGGGGCUACAUAUUCUAACUACACAACUCUCCCCCAGCAGGAAAUAACCCGUCAGUAAUAAUGUGAAGUUAGCUGUGUCUGUUGUGACACCAGAUUAACCAUUACUCUGUAGGGUCACUGUUCUGUCCUGCAGUUCUAUUCAACAUAAUAACUAGAUGAAACAUGGCUGAAUGUUAAUGAGUACUCAGGGUUUAGGGCCAAAGGGUUAAAUAGUGUGAGAGAGAGCAAAUUUAAACCUCAUUCAUACCUUCUUGUUCAGAGGACAGAGAGAGAGAGAAGGGCCCAAGGGUUAAAUAGUGUGAGAGAGAGCAAAUUUAAACCUCAUUCAUACCUUCUUGUUCAGAGGACAGAGAGAGAGAGAAGGGCCCAAGGGUUAAAUAGUGUGAGAGAGAGCACAUUUUAAACCUCAUUCAUACCUUCUUGUUCAGAGGACAGAGAGAGAGAGAAGGGCCCAAGGGUUAAAUAGUGUGAGAGAGAGCACAUUUUAAACCUCAUUCAUACCUUCUUGUUCAGAGGACAGAGAGAGAGAGAAGGGCCCAAGGGUUAAAUAGUGUGAGAGAGAGCACAUUUUAAACCUCAUUCAUACCUUCUUGUUCAGAGGACAGAGAGAGAGAGAAGGGCCCAAGGGUUAAAUAGUGUGAGAGAGAGCACAUUUAAACCUCAUUCAUACCUUCUUGUUCAGAGGACAGAGAGAGAGAAGGGCCCAAGGGUUAAAUAGUGUGAGAGAGAGCACAUUUUAAACCUCAUUCAUACCUUCUUGUUCAGAGGACAGAGAGAGAGAAGGGCCCAAGGCCGUCACAGGGAACUGCCUACUCAGCCGUCAUCCUACCUCAGUAACUCUCUGGAACAGUACAGUACAGUGUCCCAAUGUGUGCUUUAAACACCUCUCGUUUCAGGACCGGGGUCUCCACAACUCUACUUUUGAUACAAAAUACUGUAGUUGACGACAGUACCUGUAUCAAGGUGAGAGGAUCUUAAAAGAGGAAGCUCUGGGGUAUUUUUUUAUUGGUCACCAUCAUAGUACAUCUGCUAUUGGACGGCAGAGAUUCCAUCUGUGUUGUAAACGAAUAGCUAUAAACAUUCUCCAGUCAGCUGUAAUAAGGAAGGACAGAGGACUUUGGUCCGGUACGCUGGUUUGAUGCAGCAGGUAACGUGUGUCUUGUGAUGAGCUCGACGCUCCUCUGACUGUGACAAGGAGAGACGACCAGCGAACUAAAGGUGUUGAGGUUUGGUGUCCUGUGUUUUGAGGGGUGCUGUGACAUCAUUAAGGGGUGCUGUGACAUCAUCGUCGACCAUGGAGGGCAGGAGUGUUCUGAGGCGUGCCCAAUCUCUCCGGAGCGUCUCUACGGGUGACAGAGACAAGCCCACCUGGGCGGAGGCGGGGUUUAGGGACAGGAUGAAGUCCAUCUCCGUGUCUCCGAUGUUGACCAGAUACCAAGCCAGCCGUUCAGUAGAGGUCCCUACCCUGAACCAUGUGGAGCACAAGACUGAGCAGUUAACCCAGCAUCAGACCUCCUUCUCAACCGUCCGUGAGAAAACAAAGAGACAACUGGCAGAGAGAGCACAGGAGCGCAAGCUGGAGUCCCCGAUGAGAAACAAUGGAGUGAGAGAGACGACCAGGAUCCAGGCCAGUGUGUCUGAAAUGAGAGAGACGUUCCGGGGGUCGACCAGCCUGUCAGGGGAAAAGUCCCAGAGGUCGACCAGUCUCUCCCGCAGUAAGUCCAUGUCCAGUCUCCCUGGCCCCUCUCCCAGAGUCGACCCGGCCGGGAGUAUCGGAGCCCUGAAGGCUCUCUUCGAGUCAAAGGUCACCAAGGAGAAGGUGAAGAGCAUCGUGGGAGCUGUAGGCCAAACACCACCACGUCCCAAGAUGGCAGCUGCGGCCCCAGCCGUCAACGGGUUGGUGGAGGAGAGAAAGGGCCCCAAAGAGGAGAAAGCUGUUCCUGCACCUGCAUCCCCGGCUAGAGAGGAGGUCACUACACAGGUUGGGAGAAUGAGGCGCUCAGAGAGGAGAAUGACCAUCAGUGGUAUCAAUCUGGAGAAGACAUCUACAGCAUCUCAGGAUGAUGACAAGAGGAAGUCGAUCUCAGACCUCAGAGAUGCCAGUUCCUCCUCCUUCAACCCGGACAGGGAGAAACCGGAGGCUUCUGUCUCUGUCAGAGCUAUAUCUGCUCUCUAUCUGUCCAAGGUAGCAGCUGCAGAGUCAACGGCUCAAGAUCCAUCCUCUCCAACCAAGAGAGGAGUGAAACCAUCCAAGUUCCUGCCGUGUAAACAGGACGUGUGUUCAUCCUGUCUGAAGCCAGUCUAUCCUAUGGAGAAAAUGACCGCUGAUAAAUUCAUAUUUCACAAGAACUGUUUCUGCUGUAAACACUGUCAGAAGAAGCUCAGCAUGCACAGCUAUGCUCCUCUGUACGGGGAGUUCUACUGUGUAUUCCACUACCAGCAGCUGUUCAGGAGGAAAGGGAACUACGACGAGGGUUUUGGCCACACCCAACACAAAGACCGCUGGCUGCAGAGAACCAAUGAGACGCCGGGGUCUAACAGCGCUGAUGUCAUAUAGAGCUCUCUGAUUGCUGACGUGGUGACCAUGACGACACUGAAUCACAGCAUCUUUGGAGUCGCCUGGGUCAUGUACUCGAAUGUACAUACUGUACACACUGAGUCGCUGAAUGUACAUACUGUACACACUGAGUACAGUAUGGACUGAGUACAGUAUGGACUCUGAUGCUGACAGUAAUCAGCAUCAGAGUCCACUUUAUGGACACAAUUACAGAGAAAUUACAUGAUGUUUUGUUUCUGAGACAAGAUCACUCCCGAUUCUGAUUUCAUCUUUUCCAUAUCAGCAAAAUAUUGGGAAUUUUGGCAUCUUAUUAGUAUCCCCAUUAACUGUUGCGAAAGCAGUAGUUUAACUAGGUCUUUCUUUGCAGCAAUCACACGACGGGACAAUAAUCAAGAUAAGACAGAAGUAGAGCCUGUAGGACUUGCUUUUUGGAGUACGGUGUCAAAAAAGCAGAGCAUCUCUUUGUUACGGACAGACCUCUCCCCAUUGAUUCUAUAUGUUUUGACCACGACAGUUUAAAGUCUAAGGGAACACCAAGUAAUUUAGUCUCCUCAACUUGUUCAACAGACACACCAUUCAUUACCAUAUUCAGCUGAGGUCUAGAACUUAGGGAAUGAUUUCUACCAAAUACAAUGCUCUUAGUUUUAGAGAUGUUCAGGACCAGUUUAUUACUGGGCCAUCCAUUCCAAAACAGACUGCAACUCUCUGUUAAGGGUUUCAGUGACUUCAUUAGCUGUGGUUGCUGAUGCGUAUAUGGGUGAAUCAUCAGCAUACAUGGACACACAUGCUUUGUUUAAUACCAGUGUCAGGUCAUUGGUAAAAAUUGAAAAGAGUAGAGGGCCUAGAGAGCUGCCCUGCGGUACACCACACUUUAUAUGUUUUGACAUUAGAGAAGCUUCCAUUAAAGAAAACCCUCUGAGUUCUAUUAGAUAGAUAGCUCUGAGUUCACAAUAUGGCAGAGGUUGAAAAGCCAUAACACAUACGCUUUCUCAACAAAAGGUUCUGGUCAAUAAUGUCAAAGGCUGUACUGAAAUCUAACACUACAGCUCCCACAAUCUUUUUAUCAAUUUCUUUCAACCAAUCAUCAGUCAUUAGUGUCCAUUGCAGUACAUGUUGAGUGCCCUUCUCUACAAGCAUGCUGAAAGUCUGUUGUUAAUUUGUUUACAGAGAAAGAGCAUUGUAUUUGGUGAAAAACCAUUUGUUCCAACAGUUUGCUAAGAGCUGAUAGGCCUGCUGUUAGAACCAGUAACCAAUAACUUUGGCUUCCCUCCAGGCCUGAGGACAAAGACUUUCCUCUCGGCUCAGAUUAAAAAUAUGACAGAUAGGAGUGGCUAUAGAGUCAGCUACCAUCCUCAGUAGCUGUCCAUCUAAGUUGUCAAUGCCAGGAGCUUUGUCAUUAUUGAUCGUUAACAAUAAUCUUUCCACCUCUCCCACACUAACUUUACAAAAUUCAAACUUGCAAUGGUUUUCUUUCAUUUUAUUUUUAUUUUUUAUGCUUGAAUAUGAAGGCUCACUAUUUGUUGUUGGCAUUUCCUGCAUAAGUUUGACCACUUUGACUGUGAAGUAAUCAUUAAAAUAAUUGGCAACAUCAAUUGGUUUUGUGAUGAAUAAGCCAUCUAAUUCGAUGAAAGAUGGAGUUGAAUUUGUCUUUCUGCCCAUAAUUUCAUUUACGGUUCUCCAAAGUUUUUUCCCAUCAUUCUUUAUAACAUUGAUCUUCAUGUUGGAAAUGAAGCUGAUUUCUGAAAACAACAUGCUGGCGUUGUAACUUUUAUUUCUCUUUUACUUAGAAAUGUUCACCGAUAUCAAAAUGUUUUUUUUUUGUGAUGUAAAUAAUGCAUUAUGUCAUGUCAUUCAUUUCAUAAUUCAAUUCAUUUUUUUUCUUUUUCGAAAAUGUCUCUCAAACAAUGAAGUUUGAGAUCUGAAUAACAAUCAGUUAUCUUUAUUUUUCAUUUAGUAUAUCUACACUAUAUCUACACGAUAUCUACACUAUAUCUACACUAAGUAUGUGGACACCCCUUCAAAUGAGCGUAUUCGGCUAUUUCAGCCACACCCAUUGCUGACAGGUGUAUUAAACCAAGCACACACCCAUGCAAUCUCCAUAGACAAACAGUGGCAGUAGGAUGAAGAGCUCAGUGACUUUCAACUUGGCACCGUCAUAGGAUGCCACCUUUCAAACAAGUCAGUUUGUCAAAUUUCUGCCCUGCUAGAGCUGCCCCGGUCAACUGUAAGUGCUGUUAUUGUGUCGUUAUUGUGUAGUGGAAACGCCUAGAAGCAACAACGGCUCAGCCACGAAGUGGUAGGCCACACAAGCUCACAGAACGGGACCACCGAGCGCUGAAGCGCAUAAAAAUCGUCUGUCCUCAGUUGCUUCUAGAAGCAGUUUGGAACUUAAACUGCUUCUGGAAGCAACGUCAGCACAUGAACUCUUCGUCGGGAGCUUCAUGAAAUGGGUUUCCAUGGCCGAGCACCCGCACACAAGCCUCUGAUCACCAAGCUCAAUGCCGAGCGUCGCCUGGAAUGGUGUAAAGCUCUGGAGCAGUGGAAACGCGUUCUCUGGAGUGAUGAAUCACGCUUCACCAUCUGGCAGUCCAAUGGACGAAUCUGGGUUUGGCAGAUGCCAGGAGAAAGCUUUCUGCCGUAAUGCAUAGUGCCAACUGUAAAGUUUGGUGGAGGAGGAAUAAUGGUCUGGGGCUGUUUUUCAUGGUUCGGACCCCUUAGUUCCAGUGAAGGGAAAUCUUAACGAUACAGCAUACAAUGACAUUCUAGAUGAUUCUGUACUUCCAACUUGGUGGCAACAGUUUGGGGAAGACCAUUUCCUGUUUCAGCAUGACAAUGCUCCUGUGCACAAAGAGAGGUCCGUACAGAAAUGGUUUGUCGAGAUCGGUGUGGAAGAACUUGACUGGCCUGCACAGAGCCCUGACCUCAACCCCAUUGAACACCUUUGGGAUGAAUUGUAAUGCUGACUGCGAUCCAGGCCUAAUCGCCCAACAUCGGUGCCCGACCUCACUAAUGCUCUUGUGGCUGAAUGGAAGCAAGUCCCUGCAGCAAUGUUCCAACAUCUAGUGGAAAGCCUUCCCAGAAGAGUGGAGGCUGUUAUAGCAGCAAUGUUCCAACAUCUAGUGGAAAGCCUUCCCAGAAGAGUGGAGGCUGUUAUAGCAGCAAUGUUCCAACAUCUAGUGGAAAGCCUUCCCAAAAGACUGGAGGCUGUUAUAGCAGCAAUGUUCCAACAUCUAGUGGAAAGCCUUCCCAGAAGAGUGGAGGCUGUUAUAGCAGCAAUGUUCCUACAUCUAGUGGAAAGCCUUCCCAGAAGAGUGGAGGCUGUUAUAGCAGCAAUGUUCCAACAUCUAGUGGAAAGCCUUCCCAGAAGAGUGGAGGCUGUUAUAACAGCAAUGUUCCAUCAUCUAGUGGAAAGCCUUCCCAGAAGAGUGGAGGCUGUUAUAGCAGCAAUGUUCCAACAUCUAGUGGAAAGCCUUCCCAGAAGAGUGGCGGCUGUUAUAGCAGCAAUGUUCCUACAUCUAGUGGAAAGCCUUCCCAGAAGAGUGGAGGCUGUUAUAGAAGUGAAGGGGGGACCAACUACAUAUGAAUGACCAUGAUUUUGAAUGAGAUGUUCGACGAGCAGGUGUCCACAUACUUUUGGUGAUGCAGUGUACUUGAUAUUUAUACCUAAUCAAGAUAAUCACAUGUUGUAAAGCUCAAGCUGAAGUAAUAAACAUUGACAUUUUUGUGAUCAUCA